UUGGCAGCCGAGCAGAAGCGUUUGCCGCUCGCACCGGAAGCGUCGUUCCCUCUCGCGCAUCUGAUCUCCACCAUCCGACAAAGAUUUGCACCUUUUCCUUUUCACAGUGUUCUACUAGGACAAGAUGGCAUUUGAAUCUGACACUGAUGUUCUUCUCUACAAAAAUGAUGAGUUCAGAAUAUUGUGCCAUGGUGAUGUAUACUGUUAAAUCAGACUACUGACAGAGGCCCUGCAAUAGUCCUGAAAAGAAGAAUCAGUGCUUAUACCUAAAACUGAUAUUUUUCUGAAGCAAUGACACCUUUCAAUAGUGUUUUUUACAGGAAGAUUUUGUGUCUGUCCUCUUACCAUGGAUAUUUUAGAAUGCAUCGAAUUGAAGAUACUCUUCUAAAUCUCUGGCACAGACUUCUGAGAAGUUACUCCUAUUAUAAAGCCAAUUUGGUCUCGGCUGUUGAUGUGGUCAAGUAUUGGCAAAGCGUGUUUGAGGAAAACAAUAUCCCAGAAGCACUGACAUCCUCUGAAUACAUUGUGUCUCAUGUCCUAGGAGCAAAAACAUUCCAGAGUCUGAAUGCCAGCAGCAUAUCUGCUCCCCUUUCAGCAAAGCAGCAAAAACAGAUCCAACAGCUCUGUGGUAAACGACUACAACGGAUGCCAGUACAGUAUGUUCUUGGUGAAUGGGAUUUCCAAGAUCUGACCCUCAAGAUGAGGCCUCCAGUUUUCAUUCCUCGACCAGAGACAGAGGAACUGGUUUCUCUCAUUCUGGAUGAAGAACGCAGGAAGAAAUUGACUUCUGCAUGCAGCAGGGUCAUUCAGGAUUUCCCAGGGACCCGUGGUCCUAUUAUUUUGGAAGUUGGGUGUGGCUCAGGGGCAAUUGGUUUAAGUCUUCUGAAAAAGCUUCCUCAAAGUCAGCUCAUUGCCAUCGAUAAAUUAGAAGCUGCUGUUAAUCUGACCAAGGAAAAUGCAGAGCGGUUACAUCUUCAGGAAAGAAUCCAUAUCUUUCACCAUGAUAUAUCUUCAUGUCCUUGGGAAUGCCUUCAGCCUUGGGGUUUGGUAGAUACUAUCAUCAGUAAUCCACCUUACAUUUUUCACGAAGAUAUGAGUGACUUGGCAGCAGAAAUUCUCUGCUUUGAGGACCUUGGUGCCCUGGAUGGAGGAAUUGAUGGGAUGAGCAUUAUCAAAGAAAUUCUGAAAAUGGCCUCUUACGUUCUCAAGGAUUGUGGGUAAGUACUGACUGCUUCUUUUGAAAUAAGUUCUGUUUUAAAGGUCUAAGGAACUGGUGAAGAAAAGCAGGCAAAAAGGAGGAAGCAAGGAGAUUGAAAACACAUUUUCAAAGAGCAGCAAAGAAAGACAGCAAAGUUUACCGAGACCAGCAUUGCAAGCAAAUAAAAGAGGGCUGCAUGAAGGACCAUCCCAGGAAUGCAUUUGUGUAACUCAAAAAAGAUACAAACACCAUUUACUGCUCAAAAAAACAUCAUCAAAAACAAGCAAGGGACAGAACUAUCUGAUCAACAAGGUGUCAAGAACAGACAGCAAGCAACAAAGAGACCCAGCCUCCUCAAGAUUAUGAGGAGAGGGAAACAGAAAUAGAACUAGCCAUCCUUCCGGAAGACAUGGGCAACGAGUCAGUUGCCAAACAAAAUGGUGUCAGCUUUUGAUGCCAUUCCCGCAAAAUUGCCAAGGCCUUUACCACCAACAAUUAUCACAGACUUGUGCCGGAAAAUUUGAGAAAUAAAUAAAUAGCCACAGGUUUGGAAAUUGUCAUAGUUCCUUCCUUGGUGAAAAAGAGUGACUCUAAGAAUUGCUUCAAUUACUGCACAAUUCUUCACACUAUCAAGAUUCUUCUUAAGAUCAUACAACAACAUUUGGUGCACACCAUUGAAAGGAAA